UCACAAGUCACAAAUAUACCAACUUUACAACACAAAGCUUUUACUUUUUGUAUAUAGCUUCUUUCACACUUUCUAACCUCCUGCUUUUUCUUGCUUUGUUUUCUGCUCAUUUUACAUUUCCAUCUUGAGAUUUCUUGCAAAUCUCACCAUCUUUUUAUUUCCAUUUCUUUCCACUUGUUGCAAGAAAAUCUCAUGGUUUUCUGCCAUAGUGUUUAAAGAGAAGACACAGCACACAUUCUGCUUGUAAGAAAAGUAAAUGGAAGGAGGGGUGAAUAUAAGAAACUGGGCAGAUCUGCUGCCUGAUGCACUUGGAAUAAUCUUUAGCAACUUAUCUCUUCAAGAAGUACUCACAGUUGUCCCAAGGGUUUGCAAAUCAUGGAACCAAGCAGUCUUGGGUCCUUACUGUUGGCAAUACAUCAACAUUCUUGAUUGGAGUUACCGUACAAACCCCAAUCAUAUUGACCAAAUGCUUCGAAUCCUUGUUACCCGAAGUGGUGGUGCCCUCCGUGAGAUCACGGUCUCGGGGAUCUUGAAUGAUCUCACAUUCUCGUAUGUUGCAGAUCACGCAAGGGCGCUACAAAUAUUGCAGAUUCCACGAUGUAACAUUAGUGAUUCAAUUGUUGAACAAUUAUCAAGCAAGCUUUCAUCCGUCACGUUCAUGGACUUGAGCUACUGCUGCAAGGUCAGUGCUCGUUCAUUGACUGCCAUUGGAAAAUCUUGCAAGGCACUUGUAGGCUUUUGCCGAAACAUGCACCCUAUAGACUUAAAUGAGAGGCGGCCACAGGCUGAUGAGGCAGUAGCCAUUGCAUCCACCAUGUCCAAGUUGAAGCACCUUGAAGUGGCAUAUAAUUGUAUAGAUACCCUAAGCGUAGUGGAGAUCAUAAAGAGCUGCCAUGAGCUUGAGUUUUUGGAUGUUAGAGGGUGUUGGGAUGUAAAGUUGGAUCAAGAUUGGCUCGAUAAAAGGCCUCGAGAACUUAAGGUGUUGGGCCCUCAUGUAAUAGAUCAGUUUGAGGGUCAUAGUUGUUCGGAUUAUUCAGAUACCGACUCGUUGUAUGAUUAUGAAAGCUUGGAUGAAGAUGACGAUGGUUUAUGGGAUGAUGAAGAAGACGAUGAGGAUGAUGAAGACAGGAUUGGAGGGAGAUUAGAACUUAGGUUUUAUGAAGGGUUUAAUGAGAAUUAUGUCAAUGGUUGGGUUUAAGGAAUUUUGGAAAAGAAAUGUCAUAUCCUUCUAAACUGGUUUUUAAAGAUCAUCUUAAAUGAUAAUUGGUAAAAAUUCAUGCACUUGAAAACAAAUAAAGCUUUUUUUUUUCUCACCAAAUGUUAAUUUAGAAGAUCUUUAGAUGACAUUUUAGAAGGAUACAUUGUUUACUUUUAUGGAAACUACUUGUUUCUAUUGAAAAGGCUUCAAACUAUUGUGUAUGUUAAAUACUUAUAUAGUAUGAAUUGUUGUUUGAA